GACCGGCUGCCGACCCGGCCAUGCCUCGCGGCCCGCGGAGUCCGCUCUGGCUCCUGCUCCUGCUGCUGCUGCCGCCCCCGAGCACGUCGGGACACGGCGGCCGCGCGAGGCCGAGGGAGGGGGCCGAGGAGGCGGGCUCGGCCGGGUCCUGGCCGGCCUUCCAGGGCCUGCGGGAGCGGCUGAGGGCGGCCGGCGCCCUCUGCAGACGCUACUGGGCUCUCUUCAGCUGCCGCGUGUGGCCCGAGGGAUGUAGGCAGGAUGAGGAGGCGCCGGCGCGGCCCCUGGGCUGGAGCCUUCCCCUGUUGGGCCAGCAGUACCUGGAUAUCCUGACCACCUGGUACUGCAGCUUCCAGGACUGUUGUGACAGUGGGGACUGCAGGAUCAUCAAUAACUUCACAGGCCUAGAGGCGGACCUGCGCGUGCGCCUGCACGGCCAGCACCUGGCCCGGGAGCUGGUCCUGACAGCAGCCAGGGGCUACCUGGAGCUGCCCCGGCCAGACAAGGCCCUGGCUCUGUCGUUCCACGGCUGGUCUGGCACAGGCAAGAACUUCGUGGCGCGGAUGCUGGCGGAGAACCUGUACCGGGACGGGCUGAGGAGCGACUGUGUCAAGGUGUUCAUCGCCACGUUGCACUUCCCUCACCACAAGUAUGUGGACCUGUACCAGGAGCAGCUGGCAGCCCAGAUCAGGAAGACGCAGGAGCACUGCCACCAGACCCUGUUCAUUUUAGAUGAGGCUGAGAAGCUGCACCCAGGACUGCUGGAGGCCCUCAGGCCACACCUGGAACGCCAGGCCCCCGAGAACCCGAGGGCCAAGUCCCUGAAAACCAUCUUCCUUUUUCUCAGUAACCUUGGGGGCAAUAUCAUCAAUGAGGUAGUCCUGAACCUGCUUAAGGCUGGGUGGUCCCGGGAAGAAAUUGGGAUGGAGCACUUGGAGCCCCAACUCCAGGCUGAGAUUGUGGAAUCCACAGACAGUGGCUUUGGACACAGCUGUCUUGUGAAGGAAAACCUGAUUGACAUCUUCAUCCCCUUCCUGCCACUGGAGUACCGUCACGUGAGGCUGUGUGCACGUGAUGCUUUCCUGAGCCAGGAGCUCCUGUAUACGGAAGAGGCACUAGAUGAAAUCGCCAAGAUGAUGGUGUACGUCCCCAAGGAGGAACAACUCUUCUCUUCUCAGGGAUGCAAAUCUAUUUCCCAGAGAAUUAACUAUUUCCUGCCUUGAGGGCUAGAAGAAAACUUCCCAAAGCUGCCUUCCUUCCACUAAUAGCAUCCUGGGGCCUGUCAGCACACUGUCCAGGAUGUAACGGGUUGGAGGGGCAGGCUAGCAUCCAGCAGCCACGAGCACAAGUGGUGUGUAAAAGGGAGGCCGCCUUAAAUCAGAGACAGAGCCAAUUCUUAAAAUCACUUGGUGCCUUACAGAGCCACAUUCCAAAAUGUGGGCCAGCUGGUUGGAGAAAGUCAUGUGGGAGAUAAAUCCCAGGGAUUUAUUAGCAUAUCAGCUCCUGCCUGCAGAUGCCUGGACUUGGGUGUUGGGCCUGAGGCUGCAGUAUCCUCAGUGACAGAGAAGGGGAAAAUGAACUUCUGCUUACCAGUGGCAGGAACUGGGUGGGUUAGCUUUCAAGUUGUUAUUCCCAGAGGGAAGCUGAUCAGCUUCUAUCUGUGAGAUCAGGAAAGAGCCUCAGGCUGAAGGAAAAAGUGCACAGAGGAAGAUUUUUUUUUUUUUUAAAUCAGGUCAGUGUAGGCUAAGACUUGUUUUGCUCUGCAGAUUUAAAUCAAUUAAAAUUAAAGAAUUUUUUUUAAGUUAGGGACCUUGACAUGAUUGUAUCAUAUGUAAAGAUUAAAAUUUUGUAUUUUUCUAAAACCCUCGGCUUACUUACCUUCUUACUGAGCCCUAGUUAAUCGUUCUCACUCAGCAAAAUUCCACAUGCCAGGUAAUACUGAUGGGGACUGGUGGAGAUGGGGGACAUAUACUGGCACUCACAGAGCUGACAGGGUGAUUGCCUGGUCUGCCAGUUUACUUCAGUUUGCUUUGGGACCACAUCAGCUGAGCCAGGCUAUUUCAACCUCUUACUGAAGAGGCAUACACAGCAUAUUGCCUUUAUAUAUAUGAAAACAGCACUCCUGUGCUCCCAGCUUUAAAAAAAACAGUCAUCGUUGAGGAUUGAAUGGCCAUGUGUAAAUGUGUACAUUGUGCCUCUGUACACAGGAGGUGCUCAUUAUGUGUUUUUCCCCUUGCCUUGAUUCUUCCCUUCUAACACACUUCUGGAAUUACACACAGCUCUUUUAUAUGCGUCAUCACCUCAAGUGGCCCUCUUAAAGUCCUCCCAACCCUCUCACCUUUAGCCCUGGUAAAAUGGAACACUUCUGCUUCUCUCCUGUUUAACACUUUGUUACAUUCAUUUACUUGAAUUCAUUUACCUCUAGGUUAGGCAGUACCUAGCCUGAGCAACAUUAGAUACCCAAUCAAUACUCACAUGAAUUAAAGGAACUUAGUUUUACACCACCCAUGGGACAGACGUAAACCUGGCCUAACUGCACAAUAAAAUGGGGGCCAGUUUUAGGUGCUGGCUCCCUGUCUCACUCUAGAGCAUUUCAGGAACAGCAUGCAGCCACCCAAUCCUGUAACAUACCCAAAUCUAAACUCUGUAAAUACACACUUUAAAAGGUAUGUUCUAUAGGUUUAGGUCUCAGAGCCACAGAGCAGCUUACAUGCUUUUAGCACUGGCCAGCCAUGUUUGAUGUCAUAAACAUUGGGCCUGAAUCUCUUAUACCUCGGGAACCAAAACAAGCAGCAGACUGCAGUGGUUCCGAACACUCCUCUGGAGCCAGACUCCUCUGCUCAGCGGCUCCACCACUUACCGCUUGCUGUUGAGACCACGGGGAAAGCUACUGGCUUCAGUUUAACCUUGGUUUCCACUUCUGUAAAAGUGAGCAUAACUGUACCCACCUCACAGGGCUGUGAGAAUUAAAUGAAUUAAUAUUUAUCAAGUACUCAGGACACAGAGCUUUAGGUGUUUUAAGAACAAUAAAACCUAGUAAAACUGCUGUCAGUUUUGGCACCAUACUCAAAGCCCAGGCUGGGCCUUUCCCUCCAUUCUAAUUCUUGGAACCCUGCAAGUUUUGUUUUAGGUAACUAACAUUUGCAAACAUACCAUGUGUCAUACUGCGUGCUAAGCGCUCUAUAGCCUAGUCGAUACCUCAUGUAAUACUUAGGGACCAAUUUAAUCACCAUUUAAUGACAGAAAAUUGGGGCUCUGAGAGGUUAAAUAACUUGGGUUAAGUCACAGAGCUAGUCAAUGAAGGAGUGGGAUUCAACCCGGGCAGUCCAACUCCAAUUCCUAUGCAUUAAUGACUUAAUGUUUCUAAAAUGAUUUUCUUGGCAAAUGCCAUAGCCUCAGGUGUGGCAAGUGUGUGGAACAAUGGGAGGUUGGAAAAUGGGUGGAAACAAUGGGAGGUUCUCCUUGAAUGACUCUGAAACAAGCCUUCCUAAACUAAACCAGAAAUGCAUGGGAGAAAAGGACUGAAAGUGGCGUGUUAAGGAGGUGUAUAAACUGAUGCUUAACAGGGUCAGGGAGGACAAUUUUUCCUUUUCCCCUUCUAGCAUCUUUGGCUGGCCUAAUAAUUAAAUUGACAUAAGAUUAACAGGAGGAAAACAAAAGUUUAGUACAAUGUACACAUGGGAGAGACCCAGGAAAACUAAUUCCAAAAUGGCAGAAACUAUCACCUUAACUACUAUUUUCAGCUAAAGACAAAAGCAGAUAUUGGGGCUGGAAGGUCAGUUAUGGUGGACGGUUACCAGGAAAAGCACAGUAAACAAUUGUGAGGUUGUUAUGCAAAUUUAAGUCCUCACCUUCUCCACUGAUAAGUUUCUAGAGAUUUGGUCAUCCUCCUCUUCUUCGUAGAGCAAGGGAGACACCCUUACAAAUGGAGAUUUCCCUCACAACUGUAAACCUCUCUUACAAAAGGGUUACUCAGGUUUCGCCUGUAUCUGCAGUUUCUUAAAGAUAACCAGCUUAAAAUAACCCUUGUGCCAAAGAGGAUAUUUUGGGGUGGCAAAUUCUGCUCCCCUACAACAGCCAUUCUGAUUGGACCUUAUGUGUGCAUCGCUUGAGUAUAUACUACUCAACCUGAAUUAAAAUGUUACUUCUAAAAGCAAUGAGUCAUUCAUUUUUUUUUAAAUUGAAGACCAAGUCAAACAAGACUAGAAUGUUCCCUGUGAGGUUCUACACUUACUCCAUUAAUGCUGCUUUGGCUCAAAACAUUUUUACAACUUAUUUGAAGCUGUCCUCAGAAUGAACUUUGAGAGAAUUAAGUCUCAUUUUACAGUCACCUUAUGUUGGAUGGAUGGACAGACCCACAC